CUUUCGUAUAUGAACAGAGCACGAGAUAGAAACGCAAUGCUUUACUCUGCAUGUCUAUAGAGAGAGAAAGCUGUAUAUACAGAGAGAGAGAGAAGAAAGUCUGCUAGCACCGCCGUGAUUGUUUUGCUGGAUCGAAUCAAACCCACCUUGCCCCAACUCCUCCUCAACGACGACCACCACCGCCGCCGUCGCAAGCACUACACUGAUCAGUUGUUUCUUCGUGAGGUCAGAAAAAGUUGGAGUUGUGGUGAUGGCACCGAGCACGAUUCGGAAGGCGAUUGGGGCGGUGAAGGACCAAACGAGCAUCAGCAUCGCGAAAGUGGCCGGAACUGUAGCGCCAGAGCUGGAGGUCUUGAUCGUGAAGGCGACGAGCCACGACGACGAACCAGCAGAUGAGAAGUACAUUCGGGAGAUUCUUCAUCUCACUUCGUAUUCCAAACUCGGCUAUGUCAAUGCAUUUGUGUUUUCAAUUUCGAAGCGGCUGAGCAAAACACGUGAUUGGAUUGUUGCUGUAAAGGCCUUAAUUCUCGUCCACAGAAUGUUGAUAGAUGGAGAUCUAGUUUUAGGGCAAGAGAUCAUGUAUGCCAGCCGAAGGGGUACUAGGGUUUUGAAUAUGUCCGAUUUUCGCGAUGAGGCACACUCCAAUUCUUGGGAUCAUUCGGGUUUUGUCAGGACUUAUGCUUUGUACCUUGAUCAGAAGCUUGAAUUCAUAGUGUAUGAGUUGAAAUCGAGCCUUGAUGAUCGGAGGCGAAACAAUGAUGCUUAUGGGAAUGGAGAUUUCAAAGAUGAGGAUAGUUAUGGGACAACUAGGAGGUCGUCGUGGUCUUAUGGUGAUUUGAAUGAGUUCGCAGGGAGAGAACAGAGAAGAGAGGCAACCCCGGUUAGGGAAAUGAAGCCCGAGAGGGUUUUGGAGAAGUUGAAUCAGUUGUUGAGGCUUCUUGAUCGGUUCUUGGCUUGUAGGCCCACUGGGGCGGCCAAGAAUAGUAGGAUGGUGCUUGUUGCACUCUACCUUGUUGUGAAGGAGAGUUUUAGGCUUUAUGCUGAUAUAUGUGAGGUUUUGGGGGUUUUGUUGGAUAGGUUUUCGGAGAUGGAGUAUGCAGAUUGUGUUAAGGCUUUCGAUGCUUAUGUUAAUGCGGCAAAGAUGAUUGACGAGCUUGUGGCAUUUUAUAGUUGGUGCAAGGAUAUAGGGGUUGCAAGAUCAUCAGAGUGCCCUCAAGUGCAAAAAAUUACUGAUAAGCUUUUGGGGACACUCGAGGGGUUUUUGAAGGAAAGAGCAAAUAGGCCGAGGAGUCCUGAGAAAAGUAGGGAAGAUAGUUCGUCAGUUGCGAAAGAGGAGGUAGUGCAAGAUUCGAAUGAGAUAAAGGCACUUCCUGCACCGGAGAAUUAUGCUCCUCCACCGCCACCUGAACCACAACCACAGCCACAACCUCAGCAGGUGGCGGAGGACUUGGUCAAUUUGAAGGAUGGAGUGUCUGCUGAGGAUCAGAGCAACAAAUUGGCAUUGGCGUUGUUUUCUGGGCCACCCACCGCCAAUGCAAACAGCUCAUGGGAAGCCUUCCCGACAAAUGGAGAGCCUGAAAUGACCUCAGCCUGGCAAACACCGGCAGCUGAGAGUGGUAAAGCGGAUUGGGAAUUGGCAUUGGUUGAGUCUGCUAGUAACCUCUCAAAGCAGAAAGCUGAUUUAGCCGGUGGUUUUGAUCCAUUGUUGUUGAAUGGCAUGUAUGAUCAGGGAGCAGUGAGGCAGCAUGUAAGCAAUACUCAGCUGAGCGGUGGGAGUGCCAGUAGCGUGGCAUUGCCUGGGAUGGGUAAGAGAGCAACGCCAGUGCUUGCAUUGCCUGCCCCGGAUGGUACAGUCCAAGCGGUGGGGCAUCAAGACCCCUUUGCAGCAUCACUAUCAGUGCCGCCUCCUGCAUAUGUGCAGAUUGCGGAUAUGGAGAAAAAGCAGCAUAUGCUUGUGCAGGAACAACAAAUUUGGCAGCAGUAUGGAAGUAGUGGGAUGCAAGGGCAAGUGGGUUUGGCCAAGAUUGCCAGUGGCGGCGUGGGUGGCGGUUUUUAUGGCCCGGGUUCACAACCAAUGAUGAUGCCUUAUGGAAUGGCACCAGUCACCGGCAUGGGACAACCUGGAGGUUACCUCUCCACACCCUACUGAACUGGCUUUUGUGUAUGCCAUUGUGUUUGAUUUGUGUACUUACUAUUUGCAUAAGAGUGAGUAGAAGAAAAUUAUAGAGGCCAUACUACCAGCAGAUGAGUGUUUCAUAUAGUUUCACUUUGUUUUGGUUGUAUCUUGGCACAGUUGAUGAUUACAUAAUCAUAAAAUUAUUUUCAUUUUUGGCUCA